CUAACAGCCUUCUUUCUUUCUCUCCCCAAUUCCGCAGAUGGCCGACGAAUGGGAGACGCCCUCGCGCAGAACGCUAGACUUCCUCGCCGGUAGCGGUGGCAGUAGUAGCCGAUCCAGUUCUCCAAACUCCAGCCUCCAGCACAUCCCGGCGUACAACUACUUCGACAGUGCCACCCAGCAGCAGCUGCAGCACUAUCAACCGUACCCCUACGCUGCUAGCAAUAAGAAAUUCAUCAGCACCAGUGCCACCAAAGCAGCGGACCACCGGAACCGCCGCCACAAGAUGUUGGAGCGGGCCGCCUAUGCCAACCGUAGCUUUAUGCAUCACAACGAGUACGAUCUGUAUCCGUACCAGGAGAAGCACCAGCAUCAGCCAACAGUAUUUCCACGGGGAGGCGCCGGAUAUGGGGGUGGGUUUGUGUUCCCAUCGUCGCACUACCCAGUCGAUCCAGUGCCCGAUCACCGCAGCAGGAACGAUCGACGACGCCACAGCAUGCACCAUAUCGCCCAGCUGAGCGCGUUGAAGAUGGACGACUUGAAGCAACGGUUCGAUGAGUACAGUUCGUCGGCGGCCGUCGGCAGAGGCGGAGGUGGUGGCGAGAGUGUUGCUGCUAACGGUGGAGGUGUGGGUAGAAGUAGACGUUCGAGCCCGCGCCAACAGCAGCCCAGUAGUGGGGGAAGGCUUGGCUACAGCGGCAGCAAAAGUUUGGACACCUACGAACGGACGUCACCGACUGAGAACGCAGGCAGCGGCGGCAACGGCGGUGGCAGACUGAAGGGAACCAGUGCGAAAACACCAAAACGUGGAUCAAGGUCGUCGCAAGGAUCGACGGACAGUAGUCAUAGUUCUCAUGUAAGUGAAUGUGCGUUGUGUGUGCAUUGCGUGAUGGGCGUUAGGAAUAAUCAUAAGGUAUGGUUCAAGUGAAUAUUUUUAAUAUUACAUACUAGGUUGAUGGGCAGUUAGGAUUGAGUCGUAGUGGAUUCAUAAAAGUGUGGAAAUGUCUGUAAGUUAAACAGCCCUCUGUUAGACCAGUGAUGUUCAACCUUUUCUAUGAGGUACACCAGAUAGAGUUAAAACGGUCAAAGACGGACAUUGGACAUUGAUACAGACUGUCUCAGAAAUUAUAGAUACACUAACAAAUGCCUAUACCAUUUCAUUUUGAGAACAAUAUUCUAGAAAGUUAAACCUUAUAGUUAACAUGUGAAACACAAGUUUUGUCAGUUUUAUUUAUACAAUUGAAAAAUAUAAGGUGAUUUUGUUUUUGUCCUCUUCGUAAUAAAGGAUUUUGUUAGCCAAGUUGUCUCGGGAAAGUUAUACAGAUAAUUUUGAGUUCAACAGAUUUUUGGUAACACUCCACGAUGAAGAAAUCAAAUCUGUCGAUAAUAGCAUUAGCGCUGCCACAUUUUACAGUUAAACCUGCGACAAAUCUUCGUCAGAAUACCACUGAAGGAACUCUUAAAUGAAUUCGUCAUGAAAUCCAACGUACUGUAGAAUAAAGAGUUCAAUGGUUCCUGCUUCGUAUUGUUGUUCGAAAAAAAAUAAGGAAUUCUUGAAAAUAGAUUAAAACAUUAAAGCAUGGAACUUGGUGAUAAAUGAGAAGGUUUUCCAGCGAAAUUUAUAAGAUUUUUUUGAAGUUCUGAGGUUUGAUCUGAUUUUGAGUAAACGUAUGACUUAUUAAAUUCGAAGUCAAUAAUUGCUUAAGCAUUGUUAUAGAAGAACUUUAGCAAUAUUAGGAAUUUUUCAAAUUAAUGUUUAGGCGGAUUUAAUUUUUUAUUACGAAGUUUUCAGAAGUUUAUGAACAUGUAAAAAUCAGCUAUUAAUUUGUUAUUUAUAUGAAGAAAUUUCAUUUUUUCCAGAAGUGAAGCUAUGUAUCAUUGAUUGCCACUAAACUUCGUCAAUAUUGUUUAUUACAAUCUCUCCAAAGCUGCCUUUUUUUUCUAGAAAUUCUUCAUGAAGCAUCUCUAGGUACUCUGCAAUGAAAACCAAUCAACUAAAUGUCAUGAUCGUAUUUGAGGGGCCCAAAAUCAAAGGGGUGUAAGUGACCAUUUUGUCGAUUUUGAGCUGUGAGCAUAUCAAAGUUCUUUAGAUUCCAAGCUUUUUAAGAUUAUUUUACGAUGAUUAGAAAAAUUACAAUAAAUCGUUUAAAAUUGGGUCGAUUUUCAAACUCCAUACAUUUUGUAUGGGGUGAAAAAUUGGUGAAAAACUUUAAACCUCUUUUACUCGAAAGUAGGUUGUUGUCACUUACACCCCUUUGUUUCUACACCCUCAUUUGUUAGAAACUUUUUCACUACGAAUAUUUUGUUUACGAUCGGUUUCACAUUCAAUUCUAGAUUUUCGUUGGGAAUAAAUUAUAAUGGGUACCCUUCUUUCUUAUGUUGCUAUGCUAAUGUCGCGAGUUAACAUUCUUCCACAAUGAGGUCAAAACUUGUUCGUAUGAAUGAUGAAUAUACCUAUUUUCACAAUUUUUACUCCAUUCUAUGUUAUCAAAAACAUCGUUUAGGAAAAAGGAGCCUUCGCAUUUGUAAACCCGACCCUAUUCACAUCACUUGUGUUAUAACAUUUUAAAAAUAUACCUUGAAAACGAAAAAUAGGUACUGGUUUGUUUAUAAAUUAUCAUUUAGAAACUCUUAUUAAAAUUUUUGUCCUUUUUUACUGUAUAUCUUGUAAAUGCAAAUAUACAAAUGAUGGCUUUCUCGGUCUAGGGUCAAUCUAAACGACUAGUUUUGGACUACCCGACGUUUCGGCCGGCUUUAUUUGGCCGUUAUCAAGGGAAAAAUAUUUCACAUUUAGUAUACUUUAACAUUAAACAUCGAUUACUUGUACCUGCUCUGUCAACCGUUUUAUGUCUUAUAGUUUAAUGCCGUCGUCAUAGGGGGUGUGGGCUUCUUGUUUUCUGCCUGGCAUUAAACCAUAAGACAAAAAAAAGGUUGACUGAGUAGGUACAAGUAAUCGAUGUUUAAUGUUAAACUUGGUAUUUUUUCGGUUUUCAGCCACAGAAAAAGCGUUGAUUAUUUCAAAUCUUUGUCUACGUUUCGAUCCUGUGUUUGGGAUCUUUAUCAAGGCUCGAUCUGAAUCAACUUGUGAAGAUCGUGUUGAUCACACGGAGGAUUAUCGUUUUUAUGAGGGUUGAGCACCGCACUUGUAGCAUUGGACCAACCAGCACCCCGGUUGAGAUAGUGGGUGGGUGGUACGCUUGACCGUUCGAGUCGCAACACUUGGUACUUUGGGAACACUUCUGUUCUUAUUUACCAGAUUGGAGUUACUGUUAAAGUAUACUAAAUGUGCAAUGUUUCUAUUUUCCCCUUAAUAAAGGCUAAAUAAAGCCGGCCGAAACGUCGGGUAAUCCAAAACUACCACACAAAAUAACAAUCUGUACAAACUGCAUUGUUUUUUAUUUUUUUAACGUUUCAAUAAUUUGCAGCGAAAAAAUUUUGUACGGGGAAAAAUCUGGAAAGUAAUGAUUAUUACUAACAGUUAUGUACACAUAACAUAUCACUCAAUACCGACUUUUAAAGUUCUUAUUUCGGAUAGAAAAACCUCCAACAUAUGAUCUAUCCCAAAAAACACCUACUUUUUGGUCGAGCUUUGACGCUCUGUUUUAAAUAUCUUCAGAGGUUAUAAAAUUCCGUUCUCUGGUAAUACUACCUCUUCAAUAGAUUUUAAUACACUCCCGAUCAAAAGUUUGGGGUCACCCCCUCAAAAACAUGUCAUUUUUUAGGCCCAUAUUUUCGCCAAUUUGCGUCCGAUUUCAAAACCCCAGGUUUCAUUCAAAAGAUAAUAAGUCAAAGAAACUUUGAACAUGACUCAAAAGAAACUUUUUCAAAAAAAAAUGUAUGUAUACUUAACCCAAAGUUGCCAAAUUUUCUAAAAAAUGAAUAUAAACUUAUGGCAGUGUCGCUGGAAAUUAGGUUGACCAAAUUUUAAGAUGAGAGCGGUAAUAUGACCCAUUUUCUAUUAGCUUUCAACUGCUUUUUACAGAACUUAGCUGAAAAAUCUAGAAAAAAAAGUUAUUAAGUAAAUUAAUCCUUGAUGUCAUCGACCAAAAGUUUGGGGUCACUUUCAUAAAACAUGCAAAGGUGAUUUGGUGAUAUCUUCGUCAUCUAUAGUUCAAUUUUAAUUCUUUUUUGCUCAUUUCAAAGAUAAUUAACUAAAUUUACGUUUGAUGUCUUUAACUAAACGUAUUUAACGAUUUUUGUAAAUAAAAAUGUUAUGUGAAGUUAACACAUUUCACCACACUUCAAAAAAUGAGGCAACUUUACGUUAAGUUUAAGUAUGUAAAUUUCAACAAAUAUGUGUGGUUCAAUGUCUAUGCAGUAAGUAUCAUUCAUUUUGUUUCAAAUAAGCCAAGAAGAAUUAAAAUUGAAUGAAAGAUGAUAAAGAUAUCAACAAAUCACUUUUCCAUGUUUUACGAUAGUAACCCCAAACUUUUGGCCAAUACAUUAUUUUGAGGGGUGACCCCAAACUUUUGGUCGAUGACAUCAAGGAUUAAUUUACUUAAUAACUUUUUUUUUCUAGAUUGUUUAGCUAAGUUCUGUAAAAACAGUUGAAAGCUAAUAGAAAAUGGGUUACAUUACCACUCUCAUCAUAAAAUUUGGUCGACCCAAUUUCCAGCGACACUGCCGUAAGUUUAUAUUCAUUUUUUAGAAAAUUUGGCAACUUUGGGUUAAGUUUACAUACAUUUUUUUGAAAAAGUUUCUUUUAAAUCAUGUUCAAAGUUUCUUUGACUUAUUAUCUUUUGAAUGAGACCUGGGGUUUUGAAAUCGGACGCAAAUUGGCGAAGAUAUGGGCCUAAAAAAAUUACAUGUUUUUGAAGGGGGUGACCCCAAACUUUUGAUCGGCAGUGUACAUACCCAAUUUAAAAAAAAUCUAAUUUUUCAAUUUUAUGUAUGUUUUAGUUGCGUAAUCGUUCUUUGAUAACGCAUAAAAAAAGAGUUCCUCAAAAAAUGGUCUUUUUUCUUUCCUAAACUGCAGAGGGAUUUUUUCUUGAUAAAAAUAAUUUUCCUAUAUCAUGAGCAUUCUGGAAAAGAAUAUAUUUGCACAAAAAUAAGAGAAAAAAAAUUGAAUAUUUUCCCACAGUUUUCGCAAUUUUAAAUUUUUAGGAGGUGUCCAAAAUUUUAAUCUUUGAGAUAAAAGUCCAAGUUAAUUGAUGAUUUUUUGAAAAUCAGAACUGCCAUUCUUUAUUUAAAAGAUUUUUAUAGUAUCGCCAUAAAUAAAAUUAUAUUUAUUUCGAACCGAUUAUUUUUUAGGCAAUUGUGAACGUUUAUAGUUAAUUUCCGAUACAGUCCUUCCGCCGCCUUACUUUGCCUACUAGGGUAUAACUUUUUUCACAGUCGUCGGAUUGCUUAGUGGUCUUCGUCAAAGUUGUUUUAUCUAUAGUUUAUCUAUGCUUGCAGUGCCACCUAGCGGUAGAAAUCGAGAACUUAAGAAUUCUGCAUAUAUUUGGCCUUGUUUUUCCAUACAAACGUCAAGCCUGUUGAGUACUUAGGCUUGACCGAUUUUACUGAAAUUUUUAAUGUAGCUUCUGGGAGUUCAACACAACUGAUUCAGGAGAUAAGACUUGGUAUUUUUCGAAAUUUUUAUUUUUCAUAUAAGUGUGGGCCACCCUUGCCGAUAAUACAAAAUGUCACUCUAUAACGUUAACGGCCAUUAGCUUUCAAUAAAAUUUAUUGAGAAAGAAUCCCUAAUAAUUCAAGUAGUUUGAAAUAUAGUAACGUCACGAGAAAUUCUGAUGAUUUUCCUAAAUUGUAAGAGGUUCAGUAGAGUGACUCAUGCUAGUUUGGAAAAAAACAUGUGUCAAAGGUUUGAUGAACUCACUUUUUAUUUAAUUUCAUAUGAAACUCAGAAUCAUUGGUAAAACUUUCAGCGGAAUCCGAUAACAUUUCAAGCCUAACUUUACCAAACACCGUAUGUAACAUAACUAAUUAAUGAGGCGUCCGACUUGAAUGUAGUCCUCAGCAAAGUUGUAGCUGAUAGAGUAGCCUAGGAGUACCAAGGUUUAACUAACACUCUAGGGCACUUAGGGAAAUGUUACGGUCAAUUGAAUGUAAACGUCCUUUCUCCAUAGUAUGUAAUUCCCAUACAAACUUUGAAGGGCUUGUGCACUCUCAAUUUUCAACCAAAUCAGCUCAAUUUUUGGGAGAAGGCUCAGAAUCUGGUUAAGAAUCGAAUAAGCGGUGUGGAGCAAAAACGACUACCUAAGUAGUAUAGAUAGUAGAGUAAACAUAGAUCAGCUAAGAUGAAUCCGUUGUAUCCAAACGAACUGUCAAAAUCUGUAUCCAAACGAGCAUGACGUCACGAUUUGGACAACAUCAAUGGAGCGCAUGACGUCAUAUUCAACCGUCGAACUCUUGAAAAUUACUACUUACACGCUUGAAACAUUUUAGUCAGCGGUGUCCGCGGAUCUAUGUUUACUCUACUAAGUAGUAUAUAUCUUUGCGGACCUUCACAAUCUCUUGACGGGCAUUAAUGGAUCUGUAAAACCACCGAUUACGCUUGUAGAUAUAAAGAAAGCUUAUAUCCCGUCGAGUUUUUUUUACUAAAUCAUUUAUUCUAGGCUCAUGCGCCAGCAGGCAUAACUGAGCCGAAUUCAGUAAAAACUUUUUACAAUUUCAUGUUUUUGACUAACUUGGGUCUUGUACCAUUUGGGCAGGUGUACCUAUUUUGGGCACUUGCCGCUAUAACUAAGUCAAUUUCAAACCGAUUGAUUUGAAAUUUUGUAUA